UUACGAUAACUGCACAAACCCGGCAGGAAUAAAUUAUAUUAUACCAGGAAAUAAUUCAUCGGAUAAUGGCCAAUUUUGUAAACUGUUCACCACAAAUAAAGCCGAAUAUUUUGCGCCGCCAUCCGAAAGUGGUGGCCUGCGUGCGGUCGAGUUUUUAUAUAAAAUCGAAAAUCUCACGGCUUCCAUACAAAAUCAGUGGGCAAUCCCUGCGAUUCACGUCCAGACAUAUCAUCCAGACUAUAACCAAGAUUGGAAACCGCCACCUAAUGCUCCCAAAGCAUUAAUAUUCGAAACUGACGUGCGGACUGAAAGAAACUCGUUCGUGGGAAUGCAGAAUUAUCUUACAAAGGUUAUGGUACGCCAAUCAAAAAGUCGUACGAUUAACCAUAAAACUUUCCUAUCAAUACUCGGUCUAGAGCCUAAAUAUUACGAUUACCUUUUCAUUGACGUUGACGCAAGAUAUUUCCCCCUUGAGCCUAAUUCUACGUUUUCACCUACAAACAACACGGGCGUAUUUUCCGUAGAACGUCCUGACGAUUCUUCUACACAAGAAGUCAAAGAGCAACAGAGAACAAAAACUUUGUUGUCUUCCUUGGGUAUCGCUGGUGGUGCUUUUGGCGUAUUACUUAGUCUGUACAGAGUUCUUUUUGGGGAAUCUCGAUUAAAACCUUGGGGUAUUUUUCACCGAACAUUCAUUAAACAAACACAGUUUUCUAACCGACUUCAGUCUCUUCCUUUGGUUAGUCCUGUCCAACCGCCGACUUUGAUGUUGUCUUCAUCAGAACGGGUUAUGCGUCUGGAAAAUCGUGUACAAGAACUUGAGGAGCUGUUACAAGAAUGUUUCUUUGACACAUCAUACUUGAAACAAGUUCGUUCAAGUUCCUACGGGGAAGACGAAAGGGUGUAA